AUGAAAGAGAUUGAUAUAGAUAAUUCUUAAUUCCGAAAAAUUUAGGAAAUAGAAUAUUCGAUUUUGAUGAAUACUUUUAUUCCAAUAAUUUUUUUUAAUCUGCAUUUUUUAUUUAGGAUUAUUAAAUAUAAUAUAAUAGGAGAUAAAUUAAUGUGA